AAGACAAAGGUCAAGUGCGCGUGGCCCCUCUCUGACGGAUGGAUGGUUCCCUCCCUCGCGAGCGCUGUUGAUGCUUCACUGGAGAAAAUGGCGGCCGCAGUCAGGCAGGAGUUAGCCCAGCUCAUGAACUCAAGCGGGUCUCACAAAGACCUCGCUGGAAAAUACCGACAGAUUCUUGAAAAGGCUAUUCAGUUUACCGAUGGAGAACAGCUGGAGGCAUUAAAAGCAUUCGUUGAAGCCAUGGUCAAUGAGAAUGUCAGCUUAGUGAUUUCCAGACAGCUGCUGACGGAUUUCUGCACUCAUCUCCCCAAUCUCCCUGACAGUACGGCCAAGGCGGUCUAUCACUUCACCCUGGAGAAGAUUCAGCCCAGGGUCAUUUCUUUUGAAGAGCAGGUGGCUUCUAUCAGACAGCAUUUGGCAACCAUCUAUGAGAAGGAAGAAGACUGGAGGAAUGCCGCUCAGGUUCUGGUGGGCAUUCCCCUGGAAACGGGACAAAAGCAGUAUAAUGUAGACUACAAGCUCGACACGUACCUGAAGAUUGCUCGUCUGUACUUGGAAGAUGAUGACCCUGUACAGGCGGAGGCGUACAUCAACCGAGCCUCUCUCCUGCAGAAUGAAUCUACCAAUGAGCAGCUUCAGAUUCACUAUAAGGUGUGCUACGCCAGAGUCCUGGAUUACAGGAGGAAGUUCAUUGAGGCGGCACAGAGAUACAACGAGCUCUCCUACAAGUCCAUCGUGCACGAGAGCGAGCGUCUGGAGGCCCUGAAGCAUGCCCUACACUGCACUAUUUUGGCCUCGGCAGGCCAGCAGCGCUCCCGCAUGCUUGCCACCCUCUUCAAGGACGAGCGCUGCCAGCAGCUUGCCGCGUACGGCAUCCUGGAGAAGAUGUACCUGGACCGCAUCAUCCGGGGGAACCAGCUGCAGGAGUUUGCAGCCAUGCUGAUGCCGCACCAGAAGGCCACUACGGCGGACGGCUCCAGCAUAUUAGACAGGGCUGUCAUUGAGCACAACCUGCUGUCUGCCAGCAAGCUCUACAAUAACAUCACCUUUGAAGAGCUAGGCGCCCUGCUGGAGAUCCCUCCUGCCAAGGGCGGUUGUUCCAAUGAGGAUGCCCCUGGUUACAGAGCCAACUUGGCGGAGAAGAUCGCCUCGCAGAUGAUCACGGAGGGGCGAAUGAACGGCUUCAUUGAUCAGAUAGACGGGAUAGUCCACUUUGAGACACGCGAGCCACUGCCCACCUGGGACAAGCAGAUCCAGUCGCUGUGUUUCCAGGUGAACAACCUUCUGGAGAAGAUAAGCCAAGCAGCCCCGGAGUGGACGGCCCAGGCCAUGGAGGCCCAAAUGAGCCAAUAGUCACCCUGGCUGGCUCCCUUUAUCGGACAAUGCUCUGACCCAGAUCGCCUGCUCUGCUCCACAAGUAGGACAAAGGUUACAGAAGCACUGUUGAGUAUCAACCAAAAACAAAAUCAGUCUUUUGACAAAGUACUCAAGUUAGAUCAAAGGAGUUCACGGUUUCCCUUUUUUUUUUUUUGUCCCCCCUUCUUCGAAAGAAGAAUACUUUGUUAGACAGCUUCAGUCUCUGGAUGUGGAAUGUGAAAAUCUAAUAGCCUCUGUGUGUGCUUUGUGGCCUUAGCCCUGUCAGUAAACGCCAUACUGUCUUGCUGGUUGCUGGUCAGGUGUGAUCAGUUAUUCUGCUGGAAUGGUAUGUGGAUCUGCUGGCCUCCGACCCUGAGAUGUAUCUCGCGGCUGGGCUUCUGACCUCUCGAGCGUGAAAUCGGCAGUGUCCAGUCCUGCUCCAAAUUGGCCCACAUGGCUUUUGUCUUUUUUUGAUUUUAUUAAAGAACUGGAUCGAGAGUCACCUUGUCUGGUGUUUCAGGCAUCACUCACAUGCUAAUAGAAUCAUAAUUAUUAAGCUUGGGCUCUAUCCGUCAAGGACCAGGGCUCGGCACACCUACUCCAAACCAGGCUGCGUAUGAAAAUGUCGUCAUCAAGACUUACUGCAUGAAGAUAUGAAUCAAAUGACCAAAUUUACACCGAAGACAGAUUACAUAUGGUAAUUAAGCUUUGGAUUGAAGGAAAAAAAAUUAUGAAUGGUUCAUGUUUAGUCCUUCAUACAUAAAAAGAAUGGACUCUUGGUUUCAAAUGGAUAAUAGACUCGUUUGUUCAUAUCUGGUGUUUACUUACAUGCUUAUUAUUCUGUCAUACUAAGGGAUUAAUUUCCAACAUUUUGAUCAUCGUAAUGUGUUAAGAUGUAAAUCCCAGGCCUAAUAUCUGCCUAGCUUGUUUCACUGAAUAAAUUGUAAGUUGAAAGUAUGUGUCCAGAUAUUGCAUAAUGGCAGGAUAUGAGUGUGUGUGGCCUCUGGAUCUUUAGGUGUGAAGGUCAUCUGCCUAUUGGGCACGGAUCAAUAUGUGGCCUAUCAGGUUAGGGUCCCAGGUUAAAGAGAAGCAUAGCCUUAGGUUUGUUCCUAUAUAACAAAUGUUAGAGAAAUAGACGUGCGUUAUCUUAAUAUAGCAGAUGCGAUACAUGAGACUGACUUAUUCCAGCGUUAGAUGUAUCGUUAACCAGUGUUGGCAGCAGUGUCGAGGACGAUGGCAGAGAUUAAUUGCUAAUUUUAUGAGUAUUAUAUUAAUUUUUACCAUCUCAGAUAGAACAUUAGAUAGGUUAUUUUAAUUCUGUUUGCCUGUAGCAGACAUUGCCCUGUGUGUGCGUGCGUGUGUGUGUGUGCGUGCACAUGUGGGGCUUUUUAAUGCUGAUUAACUCUUUAAUUUACACUGCAGCUCAUUUGGUAUGCUUUUUCCCACUCAUGGGAGUAAACUUGUGAGAACCCAGUAAGACAUCUCAAAACCCCUCCGAGGCUGCUGUGUGUCACGCUGACACUUGUGCACUUUGGCACUGUGAGUGCUCAGACAUGGCCAGCAGAGGCCCCUCUCUCUCUUUUGCUUGCUUUUAAAGGAUUUUUAUGUUGCUCUUCAUAAAUGCCAAUCUGCAUUGGUCAGUAUGAAUCUCUCUCCUCCCCACAGAGUUUGAUCAUUGGCCUAUGGGCAUCUUCACACCCGGUGUGUUCUUGAUGGACCCUGCUUAUUAAGGAGCAAUCUGUGUACCGUUUGAAUAAAUGUAUGUGAAGUCUUUAAACAGAA